CAAGCCCCUGGCAGCAGGCAGAGCAAGACAGCUCCUCGAGAAUGGCAACCCUCAACACCACUCACUGGAACGAGACUGCAUCCAUUUCCCAGUACCUGGGCUUUCAAGUGCAAAAGAUUUACCCUUUCCAUGACAACUGGAACACUGCCUGCUUUAUCAUUCUGAUCAUAUUCAUCUUUACUGUGGUUUCUCUGGUGGUCUUGGCUUUCCUCUACGAACUGCUGGACUGCUGCUGCUGUGUGAAAAACAAGACUGUGAAAGACUUGGAGAAUGAGCCCAACCCAGUCAGAGCAAUGCUGAACAGCUUCAGGAAGCGUGAGACAGAGGUGGUGUAGGAAGGACUGAGCACCAGCACCCUGAAUGAAGCCUCCUGUACCUUACAGAUGAGCCAGUCCUGUGCUUUUAUUUAUUUGUUUUCCCUUUUGGAUUGAAAUAGAACAGCAGCAGUUAGCACUGUGUCUAGCAAAGGCUUUGCUUAGAUGAAGGAUGAGCUGUUGCAAUGUUGUGGGGGAAGAAAAGGGUUGGGUUUUUUUUUUUCCCUGUCUUGAGAUGAACUUUUGUUGUUUCUAUUGAGUUUCCAGGAUAGAUCUUUGCCUACCUGAAGGAACAAAUGUUGCCUACAGUGCAUAAACCAACGUUUGCUUUACUGGAAAGGAUGUUUCUAAAACUGCUCAACAACGUGACCCUACCUAGUGCAGAGAGACAGCAGUGUCCUCUGCUGAGGGCAACUGCACAGAGACAGGAAAGACACACAAGGGCUGAGGAAAAAAAGCUGUGAGAUGGCAGGGUUGGGUGGUGAGAGACCCCACCAGAUGGGAGAGGCUUGUGUGAAUUCUUGCCUUUGGCACCUCUUCUGAUUAUGGGUUUCUUGCUUUCAGAAGAGAGGCUGGGGGGAUGAGAAGGAACCAACAUGGAAUGCACCCCUCCAGGGGGUUUGCGAACCCCUCGGGGUACAGUGGGACCCUUUCUCCAUCCCUUUCCCCUGAUCCAGGGAACUGCUCUCCCCUUGCUUCACACUCAACCUGUUUAACAAGUUCUGGGUGUUGAGAUGGUGACCACUGCACCACUUUAAGAACAUCUCUCCACACAAGCAGACUGUAGUGGUGCUAUGGCCUAGAAGGACCUUCUGUGCCCCAAGGCUGCUCCUGCAGCACACCAGGGAAUCAGACAUGCUGGAUACUCCAUCCCUACCUUAACUUCUGGAAGCUGAACUGGAAUUGUGCUCUCACACACAAGGAGAUGGGUUGCAGGCCUCCUACCCUGACAACAGUCCUUUCACCCCCUGCACACAGCUUUCAGGCCUUGGUGUGCUUCACACAGGGGUCCACACCAGGACAAGCCUGCUGCUGGAGGUGGCAGGAUGGAAGCACAGAGAGGAGACUUCAUUUUGCACUAGAGAAUCUCAGCAAGCUUCACUGGCCUGGUGGUGCAUCCCAGAGGGCUCACACUGACACCCUUCUCAAACUGCCCAUGGACCCUGAGCUCACCAGAUCAUUUUCCUUUGUAGUUUCUAAACCCAUCCAAGCUUUGCAGUCAUAAUUGCAACAACAGCAUGACCAUCAGUGACACCCACUAAAUUUUUCACACUCCUGAACCCCACAGAGAAGCAGCCCAGAGAGGAACAUCCCAGAUCCAAGCUAAGUGUGAGACACGACAUUUAAUGAUGUUAAAGCCAAACAACAUUCCUGUUGUUAGGGGUAACAAAAUCCACCUAAUGGCCAAAGGGACAGGUAAGCUACAAGACUGAUCUUGCAGUUCAUCCAUGUCAGAAAUACCUUUGUGCUAUGGCCAGUACCUGUAAUUACCUUUCUUUCAUAUAAUUAAACUCCUCAGAGUCAGGUGCAGCACACCUGAGCUCCAGAAGAACUGGACCCAAUGAAAGACUUGCUCAUUUGACUCAUGUUUUUUUUUUCUGGCUGGU